AUGGUAAAUAGAAACCAAAACGUCGAUAAUGUCAUACGGCAGAUUCGACAUGACGAUACGACGACAGAUAAUAAUCUAGCAUCCAUGGUCGAAAGGAUUAUGAUUCUAAAUGGGGUAAACUUUAGCCUUCGAAGGCCAAAUUAUACAUCACCUUUGCCGGAAUAUAUCCUACAGGCAGAAGCACCCCUUAAAACAAAAAUCCCCAAAUUCACUAAGUUCUCUGGGGAUACUACUGAAUCCACUAUCGAACAUAUGGCUAGAUAUUUAAUCGAGGCAGGAGACAUUUCGAACAACGAAAGCCUUAGGAUAAAGUUUUUCCCAAGUUAUCUCACAAAGAAUGCCUUCACAUGGUUCACCACCUUGCCACAAAGUUCAAUUUAUAUUUGGAAUCAGUUAGGGAGAAUGUUCCAUGAGCAGUUUUACAUGGGACAAAUGAAGAUAAGUCUGAAGGAAUUGGCUAGUAUUAAACAAAAGUUUACUGAUCCAAUUGAUGACUAUCUAAAUAGGUUUCGAUUACUCAAAGCUAGGUGCUUUACGCGAGUGCCAGAGAAUGAACUAGUCGAAAUGGCUGUUGGGGGCCUUGACUAUUCUAUUAGGAAGAAGUUAGAUUCCUAG